UCAUAAAAAGGGUAACUUUACGCUAAAAGGGUAAAUCUCCGACACACCUCCCUAAGGAUCUACCGCAGCCCUACCCAAUGUCAUGUUGUUUCUUGCCGAUUUCUCAUUGUCAGAAAUAUGACUCGUUGCUCAAGGAAGUGUAUAAGACCAAACUCUCGUCUGUUGUUUAUACUUGGUGCGCGCUGGACAAACACAUGGAGCAGCUAAACAACUCGCUUUAUUUUUGAAAAAGAUAACCAGAUGGAGAACGAGGGAAAUCAGUGCACUUGUUCAUCUCCUCCACCAGAUAUACACAUAUCUCCACCAGAUGUGAGUGUCGGCAGCGAGGAGCCCCAGAUCCAAGCUGCUCAGCCCGAGGUCACCACCAUCAAUCCUGGAGGUGCAACUUCUCCAAACACUAAACUGUGUGGAUACCUCAGCAAACAAGGUGGACCCCUAAAAGCCUGGAAGUCCAGAUGGUUCACCUUCGAGGAGAAAAGCUGUCAACUGUUUUACUAUCGCACCGCACAGGACCUCAAUCCUCUGGGUAAGGUGGAUCUGUCUCGCUCGACGUUAAGCUACCCGCUGCAGGGAGAGGAGGGGACGUUUCACAUCCAGACUCCAGAGCGUACCGUCAUUCUCAAGGCCCCUAACCGUGAUGCACAGAUGUACUGGCUGCAACAACUGCAGCUGAAGCGUGCAUCGUACAGAGAGCAGAACGCUGGCCAAUUAUCCCAGCCAAAAUCUGACAGUCAAUCAUUAAACGGCACGCCAUCUGCACAGACCGGCCCUGCCGAUUUCUUGCCUGUGGUGAAAACUCCUCCUGGGCUGGUGGGUGAAGAAGCCGCCAGUCUGCCCGCACCAGGAACAAACAACCCGCUGAACAUGUCAAUCAAACAUCCCCUUAUUGAGCUUCAGAACACGAUGCGAAGCUUGCUUCAACGGCAGUCACAGGAAGUACGACAGAGUGUUUUCCACAUAGAUGCUCCUUGUGACCAAAACGGUUCCCAGAAGGAGUCAUCUAAGAUGCCCACUUCUGCUGGACCUUCACCUUGUUCCUCUCCAGCUCCAGAAUCCUCUGUUAACCCCAAGUGUGAGAAAAUGCAAGAAAAUGGCCUCAUUCACCAUCUAUCCUCCAUCUCGCAACACAGAAAGUGUAACAAGGAAAAAUCUAAACCUUCACCUUGUUCCUCUCCAGUCCCAGAAUCCUCUGUUAACCCCAAGUGUGAAAAAAUGCAAGAAAAUGGCCUCAUUCACCAUCUAUCCUCCAUCUCGCAACAAAGAAAGAGUAACAAGGAAAAAUCUAAACCUCCAGACCUUAAAGAGACUAAAGCGUUUGAACAAACAUCUCAGCUUGAACAGGAGGUCAAAGCACAGAAGGAGUUGGUGUUCAUCUUGCAUAAGGUUCUGGAAGCUGCCCAGCUGGAGAAGCAGACCUGUGUUCAGUUUCUAACAGCCGAGGGGGAACAUGAGCGCCUGGAGCUCCUGAGACAAUGCGAGCGGCGUGCGGCAGAAUUGCAAGAGCGUCUGGAUUCUCUACAGGUGGAGAACGAGACCCUGCGCAGGGAUCUGAGCGAGCGGGACGCGCACAUCUCUGAGCUUCAGGAGAACAUCCAGCUCCUCAUGCAGAAGAACCAGGCCAAACAGGAAGUGAUACUGAAGCUCUCGGAGAAGCUGACAACCUGUGGGACCGACCAGCAAUGCACAGACGGCGUCACGUCAGAAACCUUCAAACAGUUAACACACGAGAAUGAGAAUUUAAAGGAUGAUUUGAAAGCAUAUAAAACUCAGAACAAGUUUCUAAACUCUGAGAUCUACCAGCUGACGACGCUUUGGAGGAAAAGUUCAGAACAGGAGAAAAAUCUGAUAGUAAAGUGUGCGGUCCUGGAGGCCAAUAACUGUCAGAUGGAGAGCAGGCAUCUGGGCGUCCUUCAAAAGCUCCAGGAGAGAGAGGAUCUAAAUCCAGAGCAGAGAGAAGCUGUCAGAAAUCUGAUUAAAGAUAUGGUUCAGGCCAAUAAACUAAACCUUAUCAGUGAUUACGACGAAUAUGGCUUUCGGAUCGCCAUAGACUAUAAAGUUGAAGACCAGAAGCUCCUUAGUAAGAUCCAGGGGCUGGAGGUUCGAUCCCAUAACCUACUUAACCAUGAGGAAUGUGAUGGGUCUCUGCUAGCUCGCUGUUCUCAGCUCUUUGCACGGACCGAUGGGGAGCUUUCUUCAUCACCGGAAGUAAAGAAUCUCCUGCGAACCGGCCUACCGCGUGAGUACCGCGCACGGGUGUGGCGUUACCUGAUCCAGACCAGAACCAGAUCACUCAGAAAGUGCUAUCCUGACCGUUAUCAAAAACUGUGUGAGAAGAGUAGAAGCUCACCACACCUGGUGCCCAGACAGAUUCAGCUGGACCUGGAUCGAACGCUGACCAGCAAUCAAAACUUUUCUGCCCCUUCAAGUCCUUUGAUACCACAGCUGGAGAGAGUUCUGCAGGCGUUUUCAUGGCAGAACCCCACCAUUGGCUACGUCCAGGGACUCAACAGACUGGCAGCCAUUGCUCUGCUGGUACUGCAGAAUGAGGAAGAUGCCUUCUGGUGCCUGGUUGUGAUCGUGGAGCACUUCAUGCCACAAGAUUACUACACUAAAGGCCUGGUGGGCUGUCAGGCUGACCAACUUGUGUUAAAGGAUCUCAUGUGGGAGAAACUGCCUCGACUCAUGGCUCAUCUUGAAUCACAGAAAGUAGAUGUGUCACUGAUUACUGUUGAAUGGUUCCUGGUGCUGUUUGUUGACAGUCUGCCCAGUCGAAUACUGUUUAAAGUGUGGGACGCCUUCUUGUCUGAAGGAAUCAAGGUGAUAUUUCGCUAUGCACUAGCUCUUUUUAAAUAUAGAGAAGAGGCCAUCUUGAAGAUUCAAGAUAGUGCUGAGAUUUACCAGUAUCUCCGCCUCUUCCCCAACACCAUUGCAGAUGGAAGGAAGCUCACAAACAUCGCCUUCAGCGACAUGAACCCGCUUCCCAUGAAGAUGAUACAGAACCGUCGCGCUGUUCAUAUGGAGCGACUCCACGCUGAGAUUAAAGAACUGGAGAACCUACAGAAAGCUUACAAAGCAGAGCGUGUACGGUGCAAAGACACAGAGCUGGACACUUUAACUAGUGAAGAUGAAGAGGAACUGUAAAACAAACACAUAAGCUUUGAAUGCUGAAACACUAAAAUGAGGUUAAUUCACCUGAAAAAUUGUAUUCUGUUGUCGUUUACUUACUUUUACCUCAUCUUCAUCAACCAGUCUGACUUUCUUUUAACAUUACAAAAGACGUUAAGCAUUUUAAAUGUAGUACAUAAUACCGUACUGAUGCACAUACAGUAUGGCCUCAGAAGACAUGGACAAAUUUUUAUGAGGCUUUUAUUGCAACAACACAAAGGUGAAUAAAUGAUAACAGAAUUUUUUUCAGGAUGAAAACCUGAAAAUGCACAAAUGACUUUGUAGAAAGAAUGCACUAUAAAAAUUGCACUAUAAAAAAUGUUGCAUUUAAAUGUUUACGUUUAGACAACUUAAAUUAAUAAGCUAUUUCAACUUUUUUGACUAUUUAAAAAUUGCUAUAAAAUACAAAAAUAAAGUUGAGCCCAUAUAAAAAUAACUUAAGCCCUUUCAACUUAUUUUUUGUCAUUUAUACCAACUCUUCACUAGUCCAGAAAGUUGAAAUGACUUCUUGUUACAUUAAGUUGUUUAAACUUAAUUUAAGUGCAAGGCAUUUUUAAAGUGUGUAUUUUAAAGCAUUAUCAGUAGAGGGCAGUAAAAGCUGGAUUGUUCUCAGUAUUGUACAUGUUGAGGCUGGAUUAUUUACUGCCCUCAGUUUGUAACUGUAUUAGGGAUGCACCAAAAGGAAAAUUCCUGGCCGAAUACCAAACAAUUUUUUUCCUAUAUAUUUUGCCAAUUUUGUCACCAUUUCAUUUUCAGAAUGUCCUUUUUACUAUAUUUAUUUCACAUUAUUUAACAAUGAAAUUUUUUAACAUUCCAGCCAUCAUUAUAGAGCCUUACCAAAAUAUACAAAAAUUACACCUGGUCCCUUUUCUGAUCAGAUAGCUAUAGAUAGACUUGUUUAAACUGUUACAUUUAACCAAAGUUUCUUUCUCAUUUAAUACAAGCAUGUUUGUCAUUGUAGGGGUGUUAGUAAGUUUUUAUUACAUACUGCUGACGCUCUUUGUCACUCUUUUUCUUCUCUCGUUCUCCAUGCUUAUACAAAAACCCAUUGCCACCGCCGUGUCUUUCUCAUACGCUACAUGGUGUUCAGGAUCAGUGUUGGGGGUAACGCAUUAAGUAAUGCGCAUUACGUAAUAAUAUAACUUUUCUGAAGUAACAAGUAAAGUAACGCAUUACGCAUAAUUUGAGUUACUUUUUUCAAAAGAAAGAGAUCAAGCCUCAGCCAAGUAAGAAAAAAAUAACGCAAAAGUAACUUAAAAGUAAUGUAAGCAUUACUUUCCAAAAAGUAACGCAAUAUUAGUUACUUUUUUGGGGAGUAACUUAAUUUUGUAAUGCAUUACUUUUAAAAGUAACUUUCCCCAACACUGUCCAGAGGAUGUCUUGAAUUUUAAUGAGAAAUUAAACUUGUAGUGCUGUAUGUUUUCACAUCUUUCUCCGACACUUUAAAAUGCUCUUACCAACAUGUUUGCUGCAUUUGCGCGUCUCUCACUGCACCGGUUAAUAUGAUCAUGUCAUCCAAGACCUCAUUGUUCGGUUAAAUUUAUUUUCCAUUUUCACUUGUGCAGUCGAAUACGAAAAUUAUUUUUUUUUUCUAUUUUCGGCUGAAUAAUUUUGUUGCCAAACAUUCGGUGCAUCCCUAAAUUGUAUGCAACGUUUCAUCACUUAAACAUUUUGUAUUGCACUGCUACUGUAUUUAAAACAUACUAAGCCUACCAUGAAUCAGUAUAAU